ACACCCACUAUAAAAGCCCGUCGCUGUCCUCCAUUCUCGGCUUAUUCAUUCCAUGGAGAACGCAGCGAUAAAUCGUUGGGAGGAGAUACCGCAGGUCUUCGAGCAGGAAUUAGGAUGGUCUAUACCACGGCUCUGCUCUUUGGAGUUGGGAUGCCCGUGUUGGCAGAGGAAGAAAGCCUCAUAGACAUGAUAGGAAAGUACUUUUUCAGGCUCGCACCGCCGUCGAGUCAACAACGAGGCUUUGUGCGACGGGGAAGCGUCGAAAGUUGCGACGAUACCGACAACAUUUCACCUUAUCCCAACAUGGAUGCUGGUCUGGAGCAGGAGAAGCUCCUUCAACAAGAUGUGACCCGCCACAUCGAGCGCUGCCUGUCAGAGGCCAAGGCCUCCGUCCUUCACUGCGACGUGUUGCUGCUCCCUCGACAGAUGACCGCCAGGGUUGGCCGAGAUGUGCUGCGCUCGUCCGCAGAUGAACCGUGCGGGCUUCGGGGUGCCUCCAUCAGGGUCUUCAUGGAGACCAAAGACGGCCUGGAGUCUUUGGGGAGCAUUUGCCCCGACCCCCAUGUCACCCCGACGUUUGAACUGUCCUUGGUGCUCAAGGCAGACCGGGGUCACGGCUGGCCGCCACUCAAGCACAUCUUUGAGAGCAAUAAAGUGCUAAAGCUGAGACCAGAGUACAAGCUGGUGAAGAGGAAGCUCUACUCUUCUGCCAGCCCUGUCAUCCACGAAUUUAACUAGAGCCACUUGCACUUUUUCACUGGUACUUCCUGUUUUUUUUGUGUGUGUAGUUUCCUACGUUGUAUGCUUGUAGCUAACUUGAUUACCAUUUUGCACAAAAGUCUGUACACUGAAAGCAUCCCCUCUGGAAGGGGCAGGUCUAAUUCAUUAAAAUCUUUUUUUUUUUA